AAUCCGAAUCUACGAAAUCAGUUAUCUGGUAAAGAGAUUGAAACUUGGCAAGGUUUUUAAUCCUUAAUCCAUACGUCUCUCUCCUCCUCUGUUGAAUUUUCUGUUCCGGGGUUCUUCUUCCCUUCCAGACCCAUCUUCCUCUCGAUCCUCCAGAGGGGUAAAAUCAGCUGCAGCUCGCGCAGAAUCAGACCUACAUGCUCGAGCAGUGAUACCCACGAUCCGGUUCCAUCGUCUUCUUCGUGUUUCCUCUCCUGGGUCGGCCCCUGAGAGCAGGAAUGAGGGAAAAGUUGGGACUUUUGAUCUGUGCUUGGUUCCUGCUGUGGCGGCCAUGCGCGGGGAGGUUCGUGGUGGAGAAGAACAGCUUGAAGAUCACCACUCCGAACUCUCUAAAGAAUGUCUACGAGUGCGCGAUCGGUAACUUCGGCGUCCCGCAGUACGGGGGGACUAUGGUGGGCACUGUGAUUUACCCCAAGGCCAAUCAGAAGGCCUGCAAGAGCUUCGAGGACUUUGAUGUCUCGUUCAAGACCAAGCCCGGGGGGCUGCCGGUGUUCUUGCUCGCCGAUCGAGGAGAUUGCUUCUUCACGUUGAAGGCAUGGAAUGCUCAGAAUGGUGGGGCGGCGGCAAUCCUUGUUUCAGAUGAUAGAGUAGAACCACUGAUCACCAUGGACACUCCCGAGGAGGAAAAAGCUGGUGCUGAUUACAUAGAGAAGAUCAUGAUCCCUUCAGCCCUCAUAACCAAAACUUUGGGAGACAAUAUCAAGAAAGCUCUGUCCAGUGGAGAAAUGGUGACUAUCAAUCUGGAUUGGACUGAAGCUCUCCCUCAUCCUGAUGAACGGGUUGAGUAUGAGUUCUGGACCAACAGCAAUGAUGAAUGUGGGCCCAAGUGCGAUAGUCAGAUCGAGUUUGUCAAGAACUUCAAAGGAGCUGCUCAGAUUCUUGAGCAGAAAGGUUACACUCAGUUCACCCCACACUAUAUUACUUGGUACUGCCCUGAAGCUUUUAUUCUAAGCAAGCAAUGCAAGUCUCAGUGCAUCAACCAUGGGAGAUACUGUGCUCCUGAUCCAGAGCAGGACUUCAGUCAGGGUUACGAUGGAAAAGAUGUUGUUGUCCAAAAUUUGCGACAGGUUUGCUUCCAUAAAGUUGCCAAUGAAAGUGGAAAACCGUGGCUUUGGUGGGAUUAUGUAACCGACUUUGCAAUCCGCUGCCCGAUGAAAGAGAAGAAGUACACUAAAGAAUGUGCGGAUCAAGUCAUUAAGUCGCUUGGUGUUGAUCUGAAGAAGAUCGACGAAUGUAUAGGCGACCCUGAUGCUGAUGCGGACAAUCCAGUUCUUAAAGCUGAACAAGACGCACAGAUUGGCAAAGGAUCCCGUGGAGACGUGACUAUCUUGCCCACUCUCGUCAUUAACAACAGGCAGUACAGAGGCAAAUUAGACAAAGGCGCAGUUCUCAAAGCCAUCUGUGCUGGUUUCCAAGAGACAACUGAGCCUGCCAUCUGUCUGACCUCAGAUAUAGAGACGAAUGAAUGCUUGGAGAAUAAUGGUGGUUGUUGGCAGGACAAGAAAGCUAAUAUUACUGCCUGCAGGGAUACUUUUCGGGGAAGAGUAUGUGAAUGUCCCGUAGUGCAGGGGGUAAAGUUUGUUGGUGAUGGUUACACUCAUUGUGAAGCUUCCGGAGCUUUGCGGUGUGAAAUAAAUAAUGGAGGUUGUUGGAAGGACACUCAAAAUGGUAGAACAUACUCAGCUUGCAUUGACGAUCAUACGAAGGGGUGCAAGUGCCCUCCUGGAUUUAAGGGAGAUGGAGUGAAAUCCUGCGAGGAUGUGGAUGAGUGCAAAGAAAAGAAGGCCUGCCAAUGCCCUGAGUGCAAGUGCCAAAAUACGUGGGGCAGUUAUGAUUGCAGCUGCAGCAACGGUCUAUUGUACUUGCAAGAACACGACACUUGUAUCAGUCAAGCUUCCACCAGUAGCUCAGGCUGGAAUGUUUUCUGGGUAAUUAUUCUCGGCAUGGGCGCUGCUGGGCUCGCGGGUUAUGCACUUUACAAGUACCGAAUUCGGAGAUACAUGGACUCAGAGAUCCGAGCUAUUAUGGCGCAAUACAUGCCCCUCGAUAAUCAAGCGGAAAUACCAGUCCACACUGCUCGCGGGGACCUGUGAGAGCGGGUCACAGGUCUAGUGGAUCCUGAGAUGAAUGGACGGUGGGCUUGGUAAGAAUGGGAGGUGGGCUUGGUGGUACGGACCCUAUGGGGGACUAUUACAUGAUAUGAUACUUAGAAAAGGUUCACAUAUCCUCAGGGAGCAUUGUUCCUUCUGAUAACAGUAUCUGGUUUUACUGAAAGGUUCUGUUCUUUAAAUCUUUUUCAGCUUUAUGUAAAAUUGGAUUCUUUAUCUAUCUUUGGCCAUAAAUAGUUACCAUUUUGACAUGGAGUUCUUUCUCUGUUGGGAAAUGGUCUGAAAAUGUUGAGGAAUGUGAGGUUUCUGAUAUCAUGUUUUGCAUUUGGUACAAAGUAGUAUGACGAUGCAACAUUGGCAUCUCAUCAGUAAAGUGUGGUCCUUGGGGAAUUCCAUUUCAGUU